AGUGGAUACAAGCAAGCUGUAGUACAGGCCUUCAUUCAUUCAUUCGAGAAGUCAGCGAUGUCCCAAGGAGAGCAAGCACAAUCACGAGCAACGGGGAGCUUGGCUGCUGUUCUCCUCGUAGGGAUCCUGCUCCAGUUCGCCGGCUGCAGCCCUCCACCGGACCCGGUGACCUGCACGGAUGGCACGUCCAACUGCACGGUCACCAACACGUACGGCUCCUUCACGGACCGCACCAUCUGCCACGCGGCCAACGUCGUCUACCCGAGCACCGAGCAGGAGCUGGUCGCGGCCGUAGCGGCCGCGGCGUCGGCCAAACGCAAGAUGAAGGUGGCCACCAAGCACUCACACAGCGGCCCCAAGCUGGCGUGCCCCGGCGGCAGCCAGGGCACCAUCAUAAGCACCGCGCGGCUGAACCGGACGGUUCGCAUCGACGCCGAGAGGCAGCUCAUCGCGGUGGAGAGCGGCAUGGUACUCCGGGACCUGAUCCAGGCCGCUGCCGCAGCGGGGCUGUCACUGCCGCACUCGCCGUACUGGUACGGCCUAACCAUCGGCGGGCUCCUCGCGACGGGCGCGCAUGGGAGCGGGCUGUGGGGCAAGGGAGGCGCCGUGCACGAGUACGUGGUCGGUCUGAGGAUCGUGACGCCGGCGCCGGCGUGUCACGGGUUCGCCAUGGUGAGGGAGCUCGGCGCCGAUCACCCGGACCUGGACGCCGCCAAGGUCCUCGGCGUUGUCUCCCAGGUGACUCUGGCCCUGCAGCCGCUGUUCAAGCGGUCAGUGACGUUCGUGAGGCGCAACGACUCGGACUUCACGGCACGGGUGGCCGAGUGGGGCCGUCUUCACGAGUUCGCCGACAUGAUAUGGCUGCCGCAGCACGGCAGCGUCAUCUACCGCCAGGACGACCGCGUCGACGUCGCGACACCCGGGAAUGGGCUCAGCGAUCUGGCCCUUUUUCGUUCCAACCCCACAGCCCUGCUUGUCCGCGCAAGAGCCGCAGAGGAGCGGCUGCAGGAGAACGGCACUGACAUCGCCCGGUGCGCGGCGGAGCAGGAGGGGGCCACGAGACAGCUGCCGGCCUUGGGCUUCACGAACGACGGCGUCUCCUUCACGGGGUACCCGAUUGUGGGGUACCAGCAUCGCAUGCAGGCGUCCGGCUCAUGCAUCGAUGGCCCAGAGGAUGACCUCCUCUCCUCCUGCGCCUGGGACCCGCGCAUCCGAGGCACCUUCCUGUACAACUCCGGCUUCAGCGUCCCACUCUCUAAGGUGUCGGCGUUCGUCGCCGACAUGCAACGGCUCCGGGACCUCAAACCAGCCGCGUUUUGCGCCCUCCUUCGUGCGGGUGUUGUCCUCCGCUACGUCAAGGCGUCCUCCGCGUACCUCGGCAAACCCGAGGACUCUGUUGACGUUGACAUCAUCUUCUACCGCAGCCACAACGAGGGCAUGCCGCGCGCCCAUGCCGACGUGGUGGACGAGAUUGAGCAGAUGGCGUUGGGUAAGUACGGCGGCCUGCCGCACUGGGGUAAAAACCGCAGCUUCGCCUUCGACGGUGUCAUCACAAGGUACCCGAAAGCUCAUAAGUUCCUUAAGGUAAAGAAUAUGUACGACCCCGACGGGCUCUUCUCCAGCGAGUGGACCGACCAAGUGCUCGGCGUCAACGGGACACCCAACAUCAUUAAGAAGCGUUGCGCCAUUGAAGGACUAUGUGUCUGCUCUGACGACUUGCACUGUGCGCCAGAGCAGGGGUACUUCUGUCGGCCAGGGAAGGUUUACACGAAGGCAAGAGUUUGCUCCUCCACCGAGGAUUAUUAGGGAUGACGGCAGGAGGGAAACUUUUGGUCUAUGGGACAUAUGCACCCUAUAUGGGAAAAAAAUUUAAUAAUUCAACAAAAAGUCAAAAAUUCCUGAAAAUAUUUUUGAAAUAAACUUGACCUUCUAUUGUACUCGUGAGAAAUAAAAUCCAAAAAAAAAUAUCCUUUUGACUUCUUUUUAAAAAAGACAAAUUUUUGGCUAAAAUAGUGUGAAUAGUGACCGAUAAUAGCAAAUAAAUUUUGUCUUUUUUGCUGUGAGGUCAACUUUUGUUUUUUUUCGUCGACAUUUAUAUAUCAGUGCAAAAGUAAGUCAAGUGUUUUGUCGAAAUAGUUCUUACCUAUUUUGACUUUUUAUGAAAAUAUUAAAAAAAAAUCCCCAUAUAGGAUGCAUAUACAACUAGGAACCAAAGUGUAUUUCCCGAUGACGGCACCACUUGUUGAACUUGUACUUCCUAGCUCGGUUUAGUAGCUAGCUUAGUUUUCUUUUCAGUUAGCAAAAUAAACGGCCGUGUCAACGUGUGCAUGUACACUGGAUGUGGCCCGGUAGUUUUUCAGUUAGUAGUUAGUAGCUUGGUGCGGCAGUUAGUAAUGCAUGGGAUACCAUGCAGAGCAGCGCACGGCACGCACGCAUCACCCGCAUGGCGAGUGUCGUGGGAUGGCACCACCGGUGAGCUCGCGUGCGUGGUUGAUCUUUGCAACGACCUGGCUUCGCCCAUGCCUCAUCUUGUCGAGUGGCCAGUGGGCCGGCCCACUGAGGCCUGUAAUCAGACUACUUAUAGAUAGACGCGUGUGUGGGGUAAGGGCCUGUUCUGCAACGUUCCAGCUCCUGGCUUCGUCAAUUCCACACAUGAAGCUAACCAGAACGCUCUAGCUCCAAGAAGUUGGAAAUCGAGAAGCCGACGACCUGUCUAGUGUAAAAAAGGAGA